UUAGAAGUAUAUGUACACAAAGUUGCAAAACUAAAUAUUAAAAAUCGUUUGUGAUAUGAGUUGGAACAAGACUAUGGAUACUUGGCAAACAGCUGAUUAUGGCAGUCUUCCUACUGAACCACUGCAAGUUUAAUGGCUGUGGAUUGUCAUUUCCCAACCUAUUAGAGCUUAUUCAACACAUCGAGGAGACACAUAUCGAAACUAUUACAGAUCCGGCAACAGAAGCUGUGCAAGAAACUCAACAGCCGUCAUGCCUUCCCUUAUCAUCUGUGUUACGGUUCUUCAGUCCGAGUGCUCCUCGAGCUACUCCUCGCAAGCACCCACUUAGCAAUAAGACCUCUGGUGGUCCCCAGUCUAAAAUUCCCAAGCUAGCACAUACAAAAUCUAAUGGAUCAUCUUCUGGAAAACGUACAAAUAGCAAAUCUCCACCACCUAUCCUUACUACUACUAAUAAUAAUGGUGGUUCACUGCAUUUAUCGUCGCUGCUUAAUUCAUCAAGUAAGACAAUGGGAAGUGUUGCCUCAAGCAUGGGCAGCAUGAGUGGAGGAGGCUCAAGCGUGGGAGGGUCCAGUGUGGGUACACCAUCCUCCACACGAGAGAGCACUCCUGUCAGCGCAAUCAGUAACAGCCCUCCAGUGAGUGAUUGUGAAGAAACACUUCAUAGUGAUAAUGAAGACAGCAAUGAUUCAUGGACCACUCAAGAUGAGAUCCCAGCAGAGCUCAUAAUAAAAUUAGCAAGCAAAGGACACACUAGCAGUAAUGGUGAAGAUAAACCAUAUGUCUGUCCUGUGGUUGGAUGUCGGAAACGAUACAAAAAUGUGAAUGGAAUAAAGUAUCAUGCGAAGAAUGCUCACAAAAAAGAUAGCAAAGUGAGGAAACCUUACCGAUGUUACUGUGGUAAAAGCUACUGUACAAAUCAAGGUCUCAAAAAUCAUUGUACACACACACACAAGAAUGAGAGUUUAACAGCUGUCACAACAAACACAGGUGAAGUUCUUCAAGUACCAGCGAACCAGCUUUCUUCAAGUUCCACUAGCCAGCUCUUGGACAACAACAAUAAAUCUUCUACUCCAUCAAUAACUAGGUUGUUUGAGAAUGAUGGGACUGUUCAGGUAAGCGGAACAACUGCGGCUUCACCAAUUAACAGCCCAAUAGCUGUGACUGGACAAAUCAUAAAAGGAGGAUCAGCAGCUACUACUAAAGGAACUACAACCAUUUCAAGUAUUAAUUUAACAGGUUUAGUAGCAGCCAGUGGUGGUAAAAUUGCUCUUAAGGCUCUUCCAAAUGGUCAACUCUUGCUUUCUCAACCUUUGGAAGGAAAAUUAGCAGCCCUAGUCAAAUCAGACUCAAAGCAUGAUUUUUCUGUAGAUGAUGGAAAAAAUAGUCUUGUUCAAAUAAAAACUGAUGGAUUUCAAUCAUUAGAACUUAGUAAAUUGCUUCAAACAAAUUCAAAGUUAUCUCAACAUCAGGUGGCAGUUACAACAUCUACUCUUUCAGUAGCUAUCCCAGCAAGUUCAUUCAAUUCCUUGAAAGGUCCUCAACGGACAGGACUCUCUUCUUCAGCUAUGUUGGCACGUGCCCUAAAGAAUCAGCUGGCAUCAACCCCAACAGGUAUUACCUCAGUUCUUGGUUCUCUUGAUAAUCAACCUGAAAACAUGUUAGGAGGACAGGGUGUUAUUUUAGGGGUGACUAUGGAAGAGGGUACACUUGUUGAUAAUGGGGAUGGAACGCUCUCAGAACUCUCUGUUAUUGAAUAAGAUACAAGCAUUUAGAAUGUGUUAAUGGCUUCAUAAUUGUUGAACUUUGGUUCUAAAUUGAGUUAAUGGUAUUAGUAAUUGGAUGUGCUGUAUGGAGCUUUAGUAUAUGCAUUAUAUUUUGUUGGACGUGGAACCCCUGUGGAACUAAGGCUUUUGCUCUUAUUACUAGUUAAUAACCACACACCAUUGCUGAAUUAUAUUUUAAGAUAUUUGUUGAAAAGUAAAAAUCAGAACAUGGGUGCUGUGUAGACACAAAAUCUUUAAAGCAUUUGUAAGGAUAAGUAAUAAUGGUGUUGAAUAGCUGAAACAUUCUUAGGGGGGUUUGAAAUAAACAUUCUAAUUAAAUAUUAUUGUAUCUCCAUUUGCUCAUUGCUUUCAAAGGAGAAUUUGGAUAUAUGUAGUGUAUAACAGGAAGGGUCUUCAUAAUUUUUAAAGAUUAUUACAGAAAGUGAAGCAAGGCCACGUGUUACAGCAGCUUCCCCAGGGACCCGUUCCAGUUUGCAUUAUUUCUAGUCCAGUAGCAAUAUCGGAUAAGCCUCAUUACAGUACACUAUAAAUUAUUUUUUGAACUUCAGUAAUUUAUUACAGCUUGGGUAUAUUAAUGUACACAAAUCAUUCAUGUAGGGUCACAAUUUACAAGCAUUCUCCUGUAGGAGCUCUAAAGUACCUGGAAAUUCACUUUAUUAUCUCCAUCCACAUUUUUCUUGUAAAUAGAAUAAUUUUCAUCAUUGGAUAAGUGUUUUGUAUCAUAUCGUAUUUGUAAAUAUUAUGUUAUAAUGUCCAUUUAACAUAACUCAUACCAUAUUAAGUGUCUUAGUCUUAGCAGGCAUUGUAUAUUGUGAGUCAAGUUGUAUGAUAGUUCAUGGGCAAUAGAUGUGUGUUCAUUAUACAGAGAGCAUUGUUAACUUUCAAUAUCGUGAUUCUAGGACAACAUUGGCUACGUUUAAUUUAUACAUUUGGGACUCGGCAAGUUGAAUAUGUUGUUUACAAUUUUAUAUAUGUUGGAUAUGGUGCCUCCAGUAGUAAUUUAAAAGUAUAGUAUACCAUUUAAAUUACAAUAGGAAAUAUACUUCACCUACAGUGUUAUACCCCUAGUGAUUAGGUUCAUAAUAUAACUAGAGCAUCUUAUAUUUUGCAGGAUGUCAGAAUAUAUAUGUUCAGCAUGAAGAUAUGUGAAUGUUGGUUGUUAUAUUAUGCAAUGUACAUCAUUUGCAAGGCAGUGGCAUUACUAGCCACCAUGCCACGAGUUAUUGAAGCAAACCUUGACAAAUUAAUGAACUGUCAUGAUGUUCCAUAGAUUAUGGGUCUAACACUUGUUUAGUGAUUGUAUUUAGAAUCCAUUGAUGCAAAUUUAGCCACUUAUCAGAGUAAAUAAAAAAAAUUGAAUUUAAUCACUGUGCUGAUUAGUAAAACUUGAAUAAUGUAAUUAGUAUAGUAUGGGUACAAAAUAUAAAUUUGGGUUGUAAUCCUAUACAGAUGAAUAAUAAGAAUUUGAUGGGUUUAAAGCUGCAUGAUAAUUCACUACUUUGAUGUGAUAAAGUACUUUCAGAAUUGUGCAUUGUGUAUUAUUCUGCAGUAAUAUUGGUCGAUUUUAUCACAGGACUAUUAACUAAGCUAAAAUAAACCUAAUCAAUAAAUAUGAAAAAUAGUUACAUUUCAUGACAAUGUCUAUUUAUAAUCUUUUUUUCAUUGUUUGAAGGUGGCACCCCCAUUCCAUGUGAGCUCAAUUCCUGAAAUCCAAGGUAUCCACAUGAAGGUGAUAAUUUAUACAUAUUACGGUUAAAACACACCACAAUUUAUGCACAAUUUCAGUUUAUUAUAGAGUACCUGCUUACCUCUCCAGAUCUCAGGAUCAAGGCUCAUCUGAGCAAUUGUUACAGCAUACUGAGAUACGAGUUUGGAAUGAUGAAAUUCACACUAAUUACGUAAUAAUUUUGAUAUAUAAUACAGUAUAAAGAGUUUUGAUGUGGGAGAUUAGGCAAAAAUAGGUUCAUCAGUUGAAGGAAUGAGGAAAUGAUAGAUGACACUAAAGAUAAGGUCAGACUUGUGUAAAAAGUAUAAAAUUGUGAGUAGUGCCUUUAUUGUGAUGUUUUAGCAAAGUUAUCCAAAACUAUUUUACUUAGAUAUUAGUAAUUUAGUACAUUAAUUCAUUUUUGAGUAUAAUGACUGGUGCACACCCUCCUGGUGACACCUUUUUUUCCAUUGCAUAAUUUUAUUAUUUUAUGUAUAUAUAUAUUUUACAAUAUAUAUAUACAUGUGAUAUAAAUAAUAGAACACGUAUUUAAGCAUAUUUUAAAGCUCAAAAGGCAUGUUUAAAUUAAAAAUUUGAAUACAAAAAGUCUAAUGCCUAAGACAAACACUUGCAUGAUACAAAAGGAGAGAAAAUGACCUAGAACUGUGUACACACGAGACGGAGGUUAUGAGAGUGUGAGCACGACAGUGAGAGUGAGUGUAUGUGGGAUGAACAGAUAAUAGAUGGCCGAGUUACCUACAAUUAGAUAUCUACUGGGGAAGGAGAGGCUACUUUUGUGCUAUACAUUAUAUCUAGAUUGAGAUGAUCAUGGGUUGCAAAUUUGUAGACUUUCUCUUUCCUCUCCCUUCCCCCCCCCCCCCUCUUCAAUCUUUCCCGUUUGUAUUGUCACGUGGAAAAUUGAUUGGAAAUAUUCCGUGCUGUUAGAAUAUUGUAUUGCUACAACUACAAUUACUGCUGUUUCUCCCAGUAGUGACUCUACUCCUAGUAGGGACUCUUAACCUGUUGUGAAAACCAUCUUUCUUUAGGUCAUCUUGUGCUUCCACUACUGUGUUUCUUUCAAAAACACUAUUUC